AAUGAUAUCUGCCGCCAGGGGGAGUCGACUCGCAAAGACUUUAUUUCCCAAAUUCCAAUGAGAACCUGGAGCUGAGUCAGAGGUCCGCCUAAACACCUAAAUAAUUUGCAGACUACGUUAUUUCCCACUCACUUCCGAAGGUCUGGUUUAUUUGGUGUGAACGAAUACGGUGAGCUUUUUGGAAAGAUUCGGAUUCAUUUAUGUAAAACCUCAAAUCUUGAAACUAAACUAAAAGUCUAAGCUUUUCUUUAUUGACUGAAGGUUUAACGUUACGCGUGACGAAAAAACGCCAUCCUGUCCCGUUCCAAGGUAUGUAGCUCCAGUGACAUCCCAGCACGGACUCCGUUCGUUAGUAGCUUUUAUUUUUCCUUUGUAGACAACUUCGGUUUUUAUUAAACCAUUUUGGGAGAUCAUGUUUCAGUGUGUCCACAUGUUUUGGUUCUUGAAGAGACUAGUUGCUGCUUAUCAUGUGAAUUAUGAUUAAGCAUGAUUACAAUUAUAACGAGUAACAAUACUUUUUUACAAUCUAUUAUCGGUUCAGUAUGAAUUAGCUAUAUUAUUGUAAACAAUUUACAGUAAUUCAUUUUCUUUGUGCACAGAACAAUAGGAUUAAAAUAGAGAUUAGUGGAUCAUCUCCAGAACAGACGAGUUGCUGGCUACUGACUCAGGCUAAUCAAAUCAAAGUUUAUUUGUCACGUGCGCCGAAUACAACAGGUGUAGGUAGACUUUACAGUGAAAUGCUUACUUACAGGCUCUAACCCAUAGUGCAAAAAAGUAUUAGGUGAACAAUAGGUAAGUAAAAAAAAAUAAUAAUAACAGUAGCGAGGCUAUAAAAGUAGCGAGGCUACAUACAGACACCGGUUAGUCAGGCUGAUUGAGGUAGUAUGUACAUGUAGAUAUAGUUAAAGUGACUAUGCAUAUAUAAUGAAGCAGUAGUAGCGUAAAAUUGUAAUCAGUCAAUUGUAAUCGUGUAGUGGUGUGUCAUCCCACAGGUUGCAUAGGCUACUCUUGCUCAUAAUUGUCAUGUUAACCAAACCCAGUGCUUAAUUUGACUCUACAGUGGAAAGUCUGCAUAUUGUAGUUAUCGGAUUCACAUGGAAUUGUUGUUCAGUUUAAAUGUUUGAAUAUAAAAUUAUUGGUGAAAAGAUUAAAUGUAAUUUUAGACAUUCUUCAAAGGACUCUGUUGGGUAACACAGCCUUCCAUCUACCACCAACCUACCAAAGCGCAGCUCAGAGUCCCUCUGAUGAUUGUUAUCUUGACCUAAUGUCUGUCCGAGUGUCAUCCAUGAGUGUGCUGCCUCCUGUUCGAAGGGACCGAGUCAUUGCCCAGCUUCCUCAGUGUUACAGUAAGAAGGCUGCUGUGCAAACUAAAGAUGAGUUCAACUUCAAAGUGAAGACUGCCUGCCAGGAGCAACGCACUGGCACAGUAGGGUUUAAAAUAGCUAAGGUCAUAGUGGUUGGUGACCUGGCCGUGGGAAAAACCUGUCUCAUUAAUAGAUUUUGCAAGGAUGCAUUUGACAAGAACUACAAGGCGACCAUUGGUGUUGACUUUGAGAUGGAGCGGUUUGAAGUGUUGGGGGUGCCUUUCAGUUUACAGUUAUGGGACACUGCGGGGCAGGAGAGGUUCAAGUGUAUUGCCUCCACAUACUACAGGGGAGCGCAGACUAUUAUUAUUGUGUUUGAUGUAAAUGAUGUGGCAUCUUUGGGCCAUGCAAGGCAGUGGCUUGAAGAUGCCUUGAAGGAGAAUGAUCCUACCAAUGUCCAGCUUUUCCUGGUGGGCACAAAGAAAGACCUGAGUUCUCCUGCUCAGUACUCUCAGAUUGAACAGGAUGCCAUCAAAUUGGCUGAGGAAAUCAAAGCAGAGUAUUGGGCCUUGUCAUCAUUGACUGGGGAAAAUGUGAAAGAGUUUUUCUUCCGUGUUGCAUCAUUGGCAUUUGAGGUCAACGUUCUGGCAGAGAUAGAGAAGAGUGGAUCAAGACACAUUGGGGACGUUAUCAAAAUUAACAGUAACUCAAACAGCCUGUAUGCAACAUCAAAGAAGAAACAGUCAAACUGUUGUCAAUGAAGACAAACACAUGACUACUACAGUAAAAAGGUACCAAAGCAUCAUUUCCUCAGAAGAGAAACUGAGAACCCAUGACCACUCCCAGAGACAUGGAAUUUGCAGUGAGGCAGGACAGAGACUUUUGCCUUCAGACAUUUGAUUUUAAUUUCUGCUGGCCCGGAAAGAACAGCUUCUUGGUUGGAUGUGGAUUCCUGUGGUGCUUGGCUCAUUUUUGCCUGUCCAGAGUUUCGGAUAGAAAUUCCUCUGGUUCAUUGUACUCCAUACUGUACAAUUCCAGUUCUUGAGUCCUGACAGAAAUUGUGAUCGAGGUACUGCUUUAAUAGCUAUGGAGUAUGGACAAUCAUGGAUGUCUUCAAAUACCCAAUAUGGAUAUUUUUAAGACACUCCGCCAUUAGGCCUGUUAGAUUUUUUUACAGCGUUGUUUUGUUUAGUGUUGUUUCCCUGCGACAUGUUUUUUGCACAAUUUGUAACCAUUGCAUAGAUUAAAACUCAUGACUCCUUCCUGGGAUGUUACAUUAUGCUAGCUAAGGAGUAUGAUUACAUAAUCCUAUUUUUAACAGCACAACUGCAUUCAUACAGUAUGAGAGAUGUGUAUUAUUCAGAUGUACAGUGCCUUGCGAAAGUAUUCGGCCCCCUUGAACUUUGCGACCUUUUGCCACAUUUCAGGCUUCAAACAUAAAGAUAUAAAACUGUAUUUUUUUUGUGAAGAAUCAACAACAAGUGGGACACAAUCAUGAAGUGGAACGACAUUUAUUGGAUAUUUCAAACUUUUUUAACAAAUCAAAAACUGAAAAAUUGGGUGUGCAAAAUUAUUCAGCCCCUUUACUUUCAGUGCAGCAAACUCUCUCCAGAAGUUCAGUGAGGAUCUCUGAAUGAUCCAAUGUUGACCUAAAUGACUAAUGAUGAUAAAUACAAUCCACCUGUGUGUAAUCAAGUCUCCGUAUAAAUGCACCUGCACUGUGAUAGUCUCAGAGGUCCGUUAAAAGCGCAGAGAGCAUCAUGAAGAACAAGGAACACACCAGGCAGGUCCGAGAUACUGUUGUGAAGAAGUUUAAAGCCGGAUUUGGAUACAAAAAGAUUUCCCAAGUUUUAAACUUCCCAAGGAGCACUGUGCAAGCGAUAAUAUUGAAAUGGAAGGAGUAUCAGACCACUGCAAAUCUACCAAGACCUGGCCGUCCCUCUAAACUUUCAGCUCAUACAAGGAGAAGACUGAUCAGAGAUGCAGCCAAGAGGCCCAUGAUCACUCUGGAUGAACUGCAGAGAUCUACAGCUGAGGUGGGAGACUCUGUCCAUAGGACAACAAUCAGUCGUAUAUUGCGCAAA